CUUAGUAAGAUAGUGAUUAAGAACUAGCUAAAGUAUAAUUUAUAGUAAAACCAUUACCAGCAGCUUUAAACUUCUAAAUUGAUAUUAAUUCUGGGUUGUAAAUUACAAAUGAUGGUGUUAUUAGGCAUUUCAUAUCACUUUAUCCAGUUUAUUUUGGGUUUAACUAAUAUGAAACCUAUUAAAUAGAAGAUCUUUCAGAUAAUUAUGGUUUGGUCAAAAUAAAAUAGUAUGGUAUAGAAAAAUUAUCAUUCAGCAGUUAUUAGUAUGCUUUAUAAUUUCUUUAGCAUAUGCCAAAUAUCUAGCUGCAAUUAGCAAAUCAUGUAUUUAGCCUUUGUGAAGCUUAUAUUGAUUAAGUAAACUAAUAUUAAGCAAAGCAAUAAAUAUCUGAAGCUACUUAUUAAUAAAAAGAAGAGGAGUUUGAGAGGUUCUAGUAAAUGUGUAUGCUAUUUCUUUAAUAGAUUAGCAAAUAAAAUAGCAAUUUAAUGUACACCUACUAAAUAGCGAGAUUAAGUUAAAAGCAUAAUGGUUUAGAUUUGUAAAAUUAUGGAUAUUCAAAAUCAUACUUAGAACUUUUAGGAAUUAAUUAAGAAACCUUUUCAUAAAUAAUACUGAGAAGAAAAUAAAUAGAUCUUAUACCUAAAAAAGUAGAUAUAUCCAACUAGAGUUUAGCUUCCAUAUAAAGCUUUAAAACUGAAAAUGGAGAUAACCAUAUAUCUGAAAUUAUCACUUUUGAUGGAUUUUAAAUUAAAUUAUUCUUUAAAACCAAAAAUUAUGGCCAUCUUUUUCCAAAUAAUGAGGUUUUAGAUGGUAAAAGCGAGUAUUUCUUUUUCAUCACAGAAAUAGAUGUUAAUAUGCAAGAUUUAAAUUAACUUAUUAAUUAUAGAUAAAAAUUAAUUGAUCAUUCUAAACUCACCUAUGAUGAUUUUAUUAAAAAAGAGCUAUCCUAUCUUUUUGAGGAUGUAGAAUAUUCAAUACACUCAUAGGCAUUCUUAGAGAAAUAUUAUGGUGAAAAUAUCAAAAAGCUCAAACAAAAGUAGUUACUAUAAUGUACUUACAAAGACAUCUAAAUUUGA